CUCGCUGGACCGGCGGCCAGCCCCAAGUGUUUCUCUGAGGAAAACGCGGAUUUUCCUAAAGAUAACGGUGCGCGGCGGCUCCUGCGGCGUGCGCCGACCCAAGCGGGGCUCGACGGACCCCGCUGCUCGCCCCCGCUGGACACAGCCCUCACCAGGGCCAGGACGGCCUGCCCCAGCGACAAGAGGCAAACAUGGCCCAAGCGCCUGCUGACCCUGGCAGCGCCGAAGCUGCGGACCCUGAGGAGAGCUCCCCGAACAUGAUCGUCUAUAGAAAGAUUGAAGACAUCAUCACAAGAAUGCAAGAUGACAAAACAGGUGGAGUUCCCAUCCGAACUGUCAAGAGCUUUCUGUCUAAAAUCCCCAGUGUCGUCACCGGUGCUGAUAUUGUACAGUGGCUUAUGAAGAACCUCAGCAUCGAGGAUCCAGGGGAAGCAAUACACUUGGGAAGUCUUAUUGCUGCACAGGGUUACGUCUUUCCAAUUUCAGACCACGUCCUUACCCUGAAAGAUGAUGGAACGUUCUAUCGUUUUCAGGCACCGUACUUUUGGCCUUCAAACUGCUGGGAACCAGAAAACACAGAUUACGCUAUCUACCUUUGCAAACGGACCAUGCAGAACAAAGCCAGGCUGGAGCUGGCGGAUUAUGAAGCCGAAAACUUAGCAAGACUUCAGAGAGCAUUUGCAAGGAAGUGGGAAUUCAUCUUCAUGCAAGCUGAGGCCCAAGUGAAAAUCGACAGGAAAAAGGAUAAAACAGAAAGGAAAAUUUUGGACAGCCAGGAGAGAGCAUUCUGGGAUGUGCACAGGCCUGUGCCAGGUUGUGUAAACACCACAGAAAUGGACAUUAGAAAGUGUCGUCGUAUGAAAAACCCACAGAAGGUUAAAAAGUCAGUGUAUGGGGUUACAGAGGAGUCUCAGCCCCAAAGCCCCGUACAUGCGCCCUCCCAACCUGUACGCAAAACUACGAAAGAGGAUUUCCGGAAACAGAUAACUUUUCUGAACCUGCAGAUAGACAGGCAUUGUUUAAAGAUGUCCAAAGUAGCAGAAAGUUUAAUAGCCUACACAGAGCAGUAUGUGGAGUAUGACCCCUUUAUAACUCCUGCUGAGCCUUCCAAUCCCUGGAUAAGUGAUGAUGCAGCCUUGUGGGACAUUGAAAUGAGCAAAGAACCUAGUCAGCAGCGUGUGAAAAGAUGGGGUUUCUCCAUGGAUGAGGUGCUGAAGGACCCAGUAGGACGAGACCAGUUCCUUCGCUUCCUGGAAUCAGAAUUCAGCUCAGAAAACCUCAGGUUUUGGUUGGCUGUCCAAGAUCUCAAAAAACAACCUCUACAGGAUGUGACCACCAGAGUGGAGGAAAUCUGGCAAGAGUUCCUAGCUCCUGGGGCCCAGAGUGCUAUCAACCUGGAUUCCCACAGCUAUGAGAAAACAAGCCAAAAUGUCAAAGACCCAGGGAGAUACACAUAUGAAGACGCACAGGAGCACAUUUACAAGCUGAUGAAGAGUGACAGCUACGCGCGCUUCCUCCGUUCGAACGCUUACCAGGACUUAUUGCUGGCAAAGAAGAAGCCAGAGAAUGACCAAGGUCGUAGAACUUCUCUAGAAAAGUUCACUCGCAGUGUGGGAAAGUCUCUGGCGAGCAAGCGCCUGACGGGCCUGAUGCAGUCCUCCUGACAGCCGCCGACGGCCACCCCGCCAGAGCCGCAGCGUUUCGGGGAGAGCGGGGUGCUGCAGGGGAGAGCGCGAGCAGGAGCAGGGAGCAAUUUGCAGGGGGAGAGCCCGCUCGUCACCAUUUACAUCGGCACUUUCUUACCUGUACAGCCUGGCAAGGACACUGAGCUCAGCACGGGUACUUGGGGGCCUUCCUGGUUCUGGGGGAGCACGUGCCGCUGCACACAGGAGGCAACAAGACAAGUGCACAGUGUCUUGUUAUGUAAGGAAACAGACCCAACUGCAGCUUGGAGGAAGAAGAGCUGAGAGAGAUCUGUGUUUUUCCUUCACCACUUCUCUCCCUGGCACAGACACAGCUGUAAUAGAUGCCACUGCAAUCCCAUUUGCUCCCUUUCUUGUGGCCAUCUGGAUCCAGUAAAAUAUGUGCUGGAAGCUCCUUCUCCUUUCCACGAAGUAUCAAAUGCAUUUCUCCUGCAGAUUCAUUGACUUCAGCUUUGUUUUUUCUUUCCUAUGUCUCUCCUCCUCUAAAAUAACAAGAAAGAAAGGCACUACUCAAGUUUGUCACUUGCUGUCCUUCCAAUGGCAUGUAGCAUGUCCAAAGAUGAUGGCCAGAUCCUCAGCUGAAGGCAGGAGAGCAUGAGUGGCUUUCACCACCUGAGGACCUGCCCUACUGAGUCAGACUGAUUUUGGUGCAAAGCCUCUGACAUCGGCGGGAUUGCUCUGCAUGUACAUUUAGUGCAAGUGUGAUCAGACUCUGCCUGAUGCUCGGAGUCAUGUUUUAGAUGUAUAAUGCACUUAUGCACAAACACACAAACACACACAUGCGGUAUUUAAAAGUGAGUUGUUUUAUAUUGUAUUUGGUUUUCUAUUUAUUUAAGGUUUUGCAUACUUAUUCAAUGAUGGAUGUUCAAGUUUUACUGCGAGUACGUAGAGUUGAACCACUUAGAGGAAAAUCCAGCUCUAAUCAGAGAGCCAAAAGCUGUUCAUGCAUAUACAGGGAAACGUAACUCCGCUGUGGGCAGGUGUAAUCGAGAGCGAAAUUCAGUCCACAGCAAGGACAGAACUGAUGGAUAUGGGCUUGGCAGAAGCAGCUUGUGACUGAGCAGGCACUGGGUGCCAGCUAACCCUCCUGAGCAGCAGCACCCCCAGCUGAGCUGCCACCCUCAGGUAACUGACCCAGCUGAGGAGCACCGCUGUAAGAGCAAACUCACACCGCUCGAGGAAAUGAGCUCCCAUCUGAGGUAGAGCCCAUGAAUACAACUGCAAGAGGUGACCCAAUAGCUUGUGUCAAAUCACUGGGAUUAUGGAGGUCGGGAUAAGCACAGAACUGAAGUGACUUGUUUAAUGCUAAAACCCACGUUAUACUAGCUGCAGAUAUGGAAAAUGGACUGCAUUCAUAUACUGUCUAUUGCCUAUAUACAAAAUUUUCAAGACUCAGUUGACUUAGUGCCACAAAACCUCCUAUAUUUUACAAGCUGUUCAGAUCUGAAGUGUACGUGAAAAUAGGCACUUGGUCUUCUUCACUCAUGCCAAGCCAAGCUGGCUUUUUGUGCAGGUGGUAGAAAUUGCUAUAUGGCUACAAGUCUGCAUUCCUAUCUAGGCAAAAUUAUCUAUCUCGCUAAGUAGACAGCUGGCUACCAACAAUAUACACUUCUGAGGCAAGUAUUAUCCUAACAUUCAAGGCCUAUGUAUGCACAAAAUCAGGCCAGCAUAGUUUCUGUCAGUAAAAGGACUUUCCCUCUUUACCCAUGAAAUUUCUCAUUUUGAUACCUCAGUUAUUUUUCCCGGACAGCUCCUGUUAACAAUUUUACCUAAGGUCCAUAGGAGUUUCCACACCUGCAUGACUAUAAAGUAGAGUACUGAGUAUGAUAUUUGUUCUUUACACUCCCCUAAUUCCCAUAAUCAGCUUGUUUUCUGAGGUCUUCAGGCCUAAUUCAUCGGCAAACAAGCGAGCUUCAGGACUGCAGAACCAUUGUGGCUGUGGCUGUAUGUUCAGGUGGUGUCCUGCCUCUGAAGGGCACAUUUGGUUCCUUCCAAGUGGUCACUCAGCUGUCCUGGCAGGACCCGUUUGUUCUCUGUUGACCACCCAGCCACAGGUUCCCCUCUGGCAAUAGCAGGGCUUUGUGCAACAGGCCCAGUUGUCCAUCCAAGCACAUUCACACAUGCCCCCUUUUGUCAUCCCGAAGAACAGCCAAAGGCUGGCUCUGCUCAGAGCCCGCAGAUCAUAGCGCUGUCAGUGCUAAGCCCCCCAUUGCCACGCGUUGCUGGAGGUCUGUAGGCCAUCAACUGCUCACACCCCAAGCAACUCUGGGCCAGGGCACUCCCCCAGUUCCUCUCAUGGGAGGUCUUUCUUGUGAACCCCCAAACCGGUCUGCAGAGCAAUCCCAAGCAGGAAGUACACGUAAAGCAUGAACCUGGCACGUAGUGAGGAGCAGCGCUGGGGAGCAGAGGGUCACCUGCACACAGGCAGGGCUGAGGGCUGCCGGCCCCACUGUGCUGUGCAAGCUGCAUACAGCAGCGGGACAGAUGGGAGCGGGGUCCCGGCCUGUUCAGGGAGCAGCAGCACCAGGCUUUGACCCAGAGACGUGCUGCUGCCCUGCGAGCAAAGUACCCGGCUCCUUUCCCCUCUCUGCUCCUGCAGGACAGUCGUGUCAGCUGCCGCAGUGUUUUGCCCACAGGGAACAGGCUGUGUUUGAACAGUUGAGAGCAUGGAGGGAGCUUCUAGGACACAGAGAGCAUGCAUAUGGGCGUAUAUCAGGGGGCCUGGCUGCUGAACAGCUUGACAUCUAAAUGCACACUCGUGCAAGCUAAUCUGCUCCGCAAUGGCGAGCCGAGCAGACAGAGCUCACUAUGCUCUGGAAACAGGAAAGCUCCCCUCCUUGUUUCCUGACCAAAUUUCUCUAAAACAAACAUCAUGAGAGUAGACAAGGUCUCCUCCUGGGAGCGCAUAUGAACUGCUCUUCACCUGUCUUUUACUUCACAUAUGACGAUACGAACAUGUAAUGACUUCCACAUGAACUGCAUCCUUGAAUUAUUGCUUUUUAAUGACAUUGCUUAUUGCAAGUGAUGCUUUUCUUGCACACUCGCUAGUACCCCACUGAGUGCUGCAAGCAGUAACCUGCUGCUUUAUAAGCAUCCCAUGUCUUCCAACUACCUCAUCACCCAGAAGAUGAGUUAGGAAAUCAGCUUUCCACCUCUAUUUGUGUUCUAAAUGGCAUUGUUUCAAGGAAAGGCAGAACUGGAAAGCUUUUACAAUCUUCACGCUGUGAAAGCUAGCCACCAGGUGUCCCAUGCUUGCAGGGCUAUGGCUGUGAAAUAUGGCUGUGCACUGCCAUUUGGAUAAUGGAGUAUCCAGAGCAUUCAUAGCUACUGUGGUGGAUCAGCACUGGGACGAGCACAAGGAAGGUUCGACAAGUCAGUGCAGUGCAAGGCUAAGGCAAAUGGAUUAAUAUACUCUCAGUAUAACUCAGUGCAAAGAUCCCAUAGAGUACUGUAAUAAAAUGGUAGCAGGGCAGCCAUAAAAAGUCACAGUAAGCUGACAUAAUACCAGGAUAAAUGUAGCAAUAAGGUAACACAGGCCACUGCAGUGAAGUAGCAUUUUGAUAAUGCAGCAAUAAGACAACAGGGCGCUGCAGUAAAUUAGUUUGGGGAAUAAGGCAGUAGUAUCAGCAUGUGUGGACAAACUGUGGUACAUCUGUACCAGGUACUGCAGCAAUAAAGAUAACACGAGGUGUUCUAGUAAUAAGUUACUACAGUAACAGCAACACGAUGCACUGUACAGCUCUAUCAGGAUGCUUCCAUGCUGCAGUCAAAUCCUACAAGACAUGGUAGAAAGACAAUGAAGGCAAAAUGUGCCCCAUUUUGGACCACAAAUAAUGGGUCUGUUUUCUGCAGAGUAACCAAAAUCCUGGAACGAUCUUGGCAAUACGGAGCCUAUCAGUCCCUGCUUUCAAGGAAGCUGAGGCAAGAAAGUUCCCCCAUCCAGUCUAUUAUUUUGGUCUGAAAAUAUGAAAUCAACUAAUUGUCUCUUUGGCCAAAUUGUCAAAGACGGUGGCAAAGUUCUUCGGUUGGUCCUUACUCAGGUGACACCCCAGCAAUUUCAGUGGGUCCUUUGCCUUGGGAAGGAUUUGGCUCUGUCAUCUUCUGGCAUGGGUGGUGCUUUCAGCCUACAACUCUUUCUGUUUUGGGGUGGGGUAAGGGGAACCCAGGUACAGGACAUCUGAUUGUACUGGCCUGUUUCCUGAAAUGCACAAAUAAAUUGAGCAUCCUGGAAAAGUCAAAGCAAUGAGGCCCAAAUCUGUUCUGUCUGUCAUGCACGCAUACGCAUGUGAAUAAUCCUGCUGGAAUCAGCGUGAGUCCUGUAUGCACCCGUGGGACCUGUUCUCAGUGUGUCUCCAGCUGGGUGACUGAGGCAGGUUUUAUUUCUUAUCGCCUUUCCUGCUUUUCCUUUUUUUUUUUCUUAAACAUCAUCUCUUUGUGAAAUGUCAUUAGAAAAAAUCAGUCUGCUGUUAAGACAACAUGUAGCACAGUGGGCAAAGAGCAGGUGUGUCCAUGUGCUGUCUUUGUACCCUUCAGAAAAGAGUAAAGCCUGCUGGAAAAAAAGCAGCAACCACUGCUAUACUCAAUAAUAAUCAGGCAUAAGGUUUGAGCCAAAGCAUCUAUGUCAAAUAGUGAAGCCUGACUGGAGUGUGUGUGCUAGAUAACGAGCUGGUCUCCUGGGGAGGGGAUGUAAAUAGGGCACCACUGCAAAUUAUGAAUAGUGGGAGCAGCUCACAGCUGGCUCUGGCUCCUUCAGCCGGUCCCAACAGAUAUGGAUUUUGUGGCAUGUCUUUCCAACCCCUCACACAACAGCUUUGCUGUCCCUUGAUAUGGCUUCCUCUGUCUAGAGCUGAUGGAGCUCAGUUCAGAUUUUGAGCGGUGCUCUGAUAUGCCUUGGCUUGGCUUUUUCCUCCAACUCCUUGGCUUGCUGUUAUUAUGGUUUAAUGAUUAAGUAGGAUUAUUAAAGUAGAGCUCACAGUAGGGUAAGAUAGGCUGGGUUAUCAUGAUUUCAUAGCUUAAGCUGUGAGCAAUUUUGCAGCUUCUCAGCACUGUUUAUAACCUGAGAUGGAGAACAAGUGAGGCAGCUGCACAGCAGAACGGCGAGCUGUUGAACAAUACACUAUCUUCAUGCCCAUAUGUACUUUGAACUUACUGGUGAGGAGAAAUGCUUUGUAGUGAGAAAAGUAAUCUCACAGCAGGAGAGAGUCAGACCUGAUCAACUUUUUCAUGUGAUACAGAUUUUGCUUUGCCAGCCCCUAACAUCUGCAAAGCUCACCACUAAGAGCCAGCAACCUUCUAAUCCUGCUGCUGAGCAUUUGAAAACAAGCUUUUGAAAAGGCUGCCGUAGACAGCAAUGCUAUUACUCACAGCCUUUUAAUGUGAAUUUAUAGCUAUUGCCACAAGUGUCAGUGUGGCUGCCCUCUUGCAUUUGCAGUAGGAAGCUGUGGAUUCACCCUGCAUGGAGGGAGGAAGUUGGUGGGCAGAAUUUAGGGAGCAACUUGCAGGCUCGGGGCUCAAAUGUGUUGCAGGCAAAGGAGUCUAAUGCUGUUGGAGAUGGUCGGAGGUGCCCAAGCCAUCCACACAAGGCUGACAGUGAUGUCAUUGGAUUUACCAGUGCAUCCUGCCUGGAGGACCAGAGAGAUAUCCUGGAACACCUCGUGUGGCAGAAAACAACUCUCUGUGGGCAAUUGUGUUGACCCCUGACUAUUGCUGUCUAUCAGAGACAUGCCACUGAGCUUCCAUCUCUUGUCUUUGGUGACUUAAACCAUGCCGUCCUUUCCCUAAACAGUGGGAGGCAGAGACCGGGCCUGCUCUUUCCAUGGCUGCACUAGGAAAUCCUUGGCUGGGCUGGGAUGUCAGGAGUGAUCGGUCCCUUUUGGAUCCUUGUCAAGAUGUCUCACGUCCAUCUGCAUGCAGGUUGUUCCUGCGUGCCGCAUAGCUUCACAGCCCCGUGCUGCUGGGGUCUGAUUCUUGUCAUACUCAGUGUCAGCCUGGUGCCACAUGGGAUAAAGCACACCAGAUAAAAAAAAUUCAAACGAUGAUUUACACGGCACAUCAUUUCUCCUAAAAGCAUUUGGGAUUCUGAAAUGCCCGGCUGUGCCGUUCUGAGGUCAUUUGGGGCCAAACACGUAGAAACAAGGCACUGCGAGACAUUUCUCUACAAGGAAAGACCUCUGAAGGGCCCCUGACCCACGUGCUGUGUGCGACUGAAGGCAUCUGGGCCUGGACACUGGGUUCAGGCCUCGGGGACUUGCCCAGCACAGCAGGCUCACUGGCACCAGGCCCCUGGGGGGUGUCCGACGGGGUGGUGGGGAUGGAGCCUGCUGCAGGAGGAGCACCAGGGUGCAGGAAGGUGAGAUCCCAGAGGCCGGACGGGCUCUGUGGGUCCCUGCUACAGGCAAAACAGCCCAGGCCAGGGAGGUGGGAAAACGCAUCCCCUUGCAUGACCUCCCAGCACAGUGGGGACGUGUCACUGCCACCGAGUAUUUUUGGCCUUGCGCAGGCAUGGCAGCCGCUCAGGAUUUAGACUUUGGACACUUCUGGGCAGGGCAGGCAGCCAGCUGGCUGGUGCCGGGCCGCAGCUGCGCCCGUGGCGGGGAGCGAGCACGAGCCUGCGGUGCUGCCGCCACACUGCCCAGAGCACCGUCAGGCUGUUUAACCCUUCCCGAGGCACCUGUGGUGACUGCUUCAACUCCUGUGGUGCCCAGCUGCCUUUUUGCCUCGCCACUCAUGUUUUCUCUGGCCCUCUCUUAGGCUGGUCUGUGCAGCUCCUAAAGGGGCUGCCAGAUCGAGCUUUCCCCGCUGGAGCUGGCUGAGCUCUGUACCUGCUCUGCAAUUAAAAAAAACAGGCGGAGGGUGAUGAAUACGUGGGCUUGGACCCACCCCUUCUUUGUCCCAGUCUCAAAGCCAAAGGGCGGCCCGACCUCUCAGCAGGACGGGCAUGUCCUGAGCACGGGCACUGGGAGCACCUUGGCAAAGCCUGCUGGCUGUGUCCAGGACUGCCCUUCUGCCACCUCCGGGACAUUUCUGCAGCUGCACGUUUGUCUGUACAGCCAGCAGCAAGCAAUGGCUGAUACCAGAUGUUAGAUCCUCCAUGCUGGGACACAGACAGGUUUUGGGCAUGCACUGGCUAAUUUAAGCUAACUAGAGCUUUCUUCAGCCUAGAGAAAGCUUGCCUUAAGGCCCCUCAGCCAGCCCUGCUCGUACACAGGCACAGAUAACACAUGGAGGGAAAAAAAAAAAAAAAAAAAAAAAAAAAAAAAAAAAAAAAAAGCUCUUUGUUCAGCAUGACAGAUCAUCUGCUGUGGGCCACCUGCAAACUGCAGGCCCCUUCCUGUGGCCAAACUCCUGAGCUUCUGCGGGGCUCUUCCCCUGAGCUACCCAGCCCCAAAGCUGGACACCGAGCCACUCUGCUGUGAUGCUGAAGUUCCCCACUGCGCCUUGCCUCCCACCCUGCAACACAUGGCCAACACCGUGCAGGGCUUAGCAGCCCUCUGCAGUCCUUUACUUGAGAGAGCAGCCCAGGGGGAGCUUCACCAAAUUGAAAAUGACAUCGGUUAUGUGGGCUUUCUCUCACCCUUGGUGUUAUUUACCUGAUGAAUGCAGCAGUAAUUUUGCAUUGCUGUAGUAGUGGUGUGGGAGUGACCUUUUGAUUCAUCUGCCAGCAAUUUGAGGUCUCUUAUGGGUCACAGAAACGAUGUGCCCUGGCUGCAGGUAAAGGGAGCCAGACCAACAUCCUCCUGCUGGCUCCCUGCUGCCUGGCUUACCCUUCCCUCCCCGACUUUCUCUUCUAACCAAGCCAUCGGUUCCCAGAAAACAGCCGUGUUACUAUAUUAAGUUGAUUCUGCCCUUGGUGUUUCUUUGUUUCUGGGGAGUCUUAAGCAAAUCAAGUGGCAGAGUAUAUGCAGAGCACCACAGGCUCCAUGACAGAUGACAGGACAGUCCAAAAGGGAAGAGAGGGCAAGGGAGAAAGCUCUGUGUUUGCAUUCAUCUCUGACAUGAUGGAUUUCCCCUUCCUGGAAGCAGCCUUGCCAUAAAUAAAACCAGUAAAGGCUUUUGUGUAAGAACUCCCUUCACUACCAAUAGUCAUGGAGUCAUAGAUAAUAAAGGACCUGGCAGCUAAUCUUGCAUUGCUCUGUGUAAUCAGCAGGAUUUUCUCUACUGAAUAUUCACCGAGGUUGCUUUAUGUACCAUGCCACUGAAAUCUCCAGGGAUGGGACCUCAAAAGAUGCCCUCAAGAACACAUUUUUCCAUACUUGAAACAUUCUUACUGCAAGGAUAAAACUGAAACCUCUGAUCUAAAACACAAAGAGCCAUCUCUGAGUGAGUUUAAAAACAGUGAGAGCCAUCUGUAGGCCACCAAUAGCAAAGGUGUUCAGCACUGUAGAUUUUUUCCCCAAGUAGUUCCCGUAAUGUAUUUUUUGCGCUGUCUUGAGCCUAUUGUUCCUUGCACCACCAUCCACUCCCAUCCUGCAUCAUGGCACAGCACAGAUAUUUGUGGACUGUCAGUGUAGUCACUUGUGGACUCUUGUCUUUUCAGUCUUUUCCCCACCUCAGACUAUAAAUCUGAGUGAGGCUCUUUUCAUAUGCCAGUUUCUCAAAGAUUGCUAUCAGCUUUGCUGCCCUUCUCUUUGUUGAAAAGAUCAGUCAAGAAAAACAUAACAAUGCGGGACAGAAGGGCUGUGCUAGUCCAUACGGCACAGUUACCUCAUCAUUUCUGCAAGUGAGGUAGCACCCUAGCAUUGUGCUUGUUCCCCAUGGCAAACUGCACCCAUGUGUCACACAUGUUGUGGUGUAACACAUUUUGCUAAAUCUAUGGAUUGCCAUCUUUGACCACUUUGCCUACCUCCAUCCUACACUGCCAUCUGCUCUGUGGCUUACCUCCCCCAGUCCACACUCCUCAGUACCUAUGGAGGGCUGCCAGGAAAAUGGUUCCUCCUUUUCUUGCCAAAUUUGGAAUUUCAGUUGCAAAUUUACUCUAGCAAGAGUGCCAAGUGAAGGCAGAGUCAAUGCCAAACCCAUUCCAGCUUUCCUGUUGGGCACAUGUUCAAUGCUGUCGCAGGAGAUGAAAAGGGGAGCAGAGUCCUGUCUGAAAGGGGCCGUGUCCAGCACUGCAAGACGAAUUAGCAGUUGUGCCCGGACCAGGAAGAGCAGAUUGUCAAAGACCUCCAAGCUGUAACAUCUGUAGGCUCAGAAAAAUAAUUCUAUGUGACAUGCACGACACCCUCAAUACACUGUACACUAGUCCUCAUGGAAACUAAUGUACCUGGCUGCAGUGAGUGAAGUUCUUUUUGAAAUAGUCCCAAACAAAUGUGCUAAAGCCACGUAAAUUACUCCUGGAAUUGUUUUUCCACAGAACUGGCUUGCAUAAUGUAUUCAGGGCUUCCUUGUUUGCAUGUGAUACAGCCAUCCUGCAGUCAUGUUAGAGAAAGCUUUAUACAACACCAGAUUGCCAUGCUUGGUCAACACAUGCAUAUGCACAAUCAGGUAUUUCCAAAGUCACUUCUAUGGUCAAGUGUCUUGUAAAAUAAGGCAAAUAUAUCAGGCAUUUUUUCCUGUAGUACCCCCUACAGGUGCUCUUAUCCAGGUGCUCCACUCAGUGCUAUGCUAGCACAACUGCCAGGCAUGAGACAUUGCUGUCACCUGCUCCUGGUGACCCACCCCAGCUGAGCAUUUGGGUGGGAAAGCGCUGGAAAUGAUUCACCUGACCUGUUCCUGUUGAAGACCCUGGGAGCACCUUGGCAGCAGGCUCUCCACUGGCAAGGUGUACUGCAGAGGGAGCAGAACAGCAUCACCUCCUUACAGUACCAUCAUCCAUACCAGGCUUUUUACUACCACAAAACUCUGAAGGCUUGGCAAUGCAGGCAGAGCAUGCGGUGGUGAGGUUACCACCACUGAAGGCAGCUUCCCCUGCCCCAGCCAUGUCUGGAGGUCAUGCACGGGGUGUCUCACCUCGCACCUGGACUGCUGUGGGGUUUUACAGAAGGUUUCAAAGCCUUGUGCAGGGCUGGCAGAGUGGCAAAGUCACUCUAAAAGGAAGCGUUUCUACCCCCACCCCCCCACGGCUAACCUGUGAAUGUAGAAGUGAAUUAAUUGUGACUGGCCAUUUUCAACAUCACACGCCAAAAAAGUGUCAAGGGCUGUGAUACCAGGCAGAAGUAGUGCCCAGUGUUAGAGAUGGAAAAUUAAUUUCUAUUAGCCCAUAAGCCUGUUGCUCCUGGGCAAAGAUAUCUUUGACAAAUUCCAUCUCUUCUUGUGUUAACAAGUUGCCUGCAAGUAGAUUGCAGUAUCUCCAAGAUUUAUUCACUAUUUGAGGAUACUUGCCAAAUAUUUACUUGCCAGAGAGUUUAUUCCUGGAGGAAUUCUUGAUCUGCAGCUCAUUUGCAAAGCAGUUACUACUGGCAUUGGAUAGUUGAAAUUCAAGGAGCUUUGUUUAGCUUUGCUUGGACAUGCAGGUCACCUGGUAUGGUGUCUGCCACCCAAAAACAUGGAUACAAGUGUUACAGGGGGGUAUGUUCAGCUUUUCUCUAAGAUUUGUUUUAAUUUGACUGUUUCUAUAAACAUUUCUCUAACUCAAAUUCUAACUAACUCAGAAUAUUCCUGGAAAGAAAAGAGGUGUGAACACAGCCAAAGCUAAAUCAUUGGGUUUUUGUUUGCUGAAAAAAACUGUGGUGUCAUUCACCAUGCCUUAGACACAGGGUAGGUGCUUGCAGUAUUUAUGGAGCUAAAACUUCCAUGGCAGUUGCUGGAGUUUCCUUGUUUGGGCAAAACCAGCAGGCCUGUAUUCUAGCUUUGCCGCCCAGGUGGUUUUUCAUUCAGACAGAUAAUAAUUGUAUCUUAAGGCUACUAGAAAUAAGCAAUCUGUAAUUAAAAAGCUGCUGUUUUUAAUGUACGUAGGAAAAAAAAAAAUGCUACUCACUUUAAAGGUGUACAAUAAAUCAACUGCAUUUUCUUGCCA